UUUGGUUAAAGCAAAAGAUUUUAAGAGAGAAAAGGAAGAAGUAAAAGAGAGAUGGAGAGUAAGAGAGGACAUGUAUUAGCAGUGCCAUAUCCAACGCAAGGACACAUCACACCAAUCCGCCAAUUCUGCAAACGACUUCACUCCAAAGGUCUCAAAACCACUCUCGCUCUCACCACUUUCGUCUUCAACUCCAUCAAACCUGACCUAUCUGGUCCAAUCUCCAUAGCCACCAUCUCCGACGGCUAUGACCAUGGGGGUUUCGAAUCAGCUGGCUCCAUCGCCGACUACCUCGAAAACUUUAAAACCUCCGGCUCGAAAACCAUUGCAGACAUCAUCCGCAAACACCAGACUAGUGAUAGCCCCAUCACUUGUAUCGUCUAUGAUGCUUUCAUGCCUUGGGCACUUGACGUUGCUAGAGAGUUUGGUUUAGUUGCGACUCCUUUCUUUACGCAGCCUUGUGCUGUUAACUACGUUUAUUAUCUUUCAUACAUAAACAAUGGAAGCUUGAAGCUUCCCAUUGAGGACUUGCCUUUUCUUGAGCUCCAAGAUUUGCCUUCUUUCUUCUCUGUUUCUGGAUCUUACCCUGCUUACUUUGAGAUGGUGCUUCAACAGUUUACAAAUUUCGAAAAAGCUGAUUUCGUACUUGUUAAUAGCUUCCAAGAGUUGGAACUUCAUGAGAAUGAAUUGUGGUCGAAAGCUUGUCCUGUGUUGACAAUUGGUCCGACUAUUCCAUCAAUUUACAUAGACCAACGUAUCAAAUCAGACACCGACUAUGAUCUGAAUCUCUUUGAAUCGAAAGAUGAUUCCUUCUGCACGAACUGGCUCGACACGAGGCCACAAGGGUCGGUGGUGUACGUAGCAUUCGGAAGCAUGGCUCAGCUGACUAAUGAGCAGAUGGAGGAGCUUGCUUCAGCUGUAAGCAACUUCAGCUUCCUGUGGGUGGUCAGAUCUUCAGAGGAGGCAAAGCUCCCACCAGGGUUUCUUGAGACAGUGAAUAAAGACAAGAGCUUGGUCUUGAAAUGGAGUCCUCAGCUUCAAGUUCUGUCAAGAAAAGCCAUUGGUUGUUUCUUGACUCACUGUGGCUGGAACUCAACAAUGGAGGCUUUGACCUUUGGGGUCCCCAUGGUGGCAAUGCCCCAAUGGACUGAUCAACCGAUGAACGCAAAGUACAUACAAGAUGUGUGGAAGGCUGGAGUUCGUGUGAAGACAGAAAAGGAGAGUGGGAUUGCCAAGAGAGAGGAGAUUGAGUUUAGCAUUAGGGAAGUGAUGGAAGGAGAGAGGAGCAAAGAGAUGAAGAAGAACGUGAAGAAAUGGAGAGACUUGGCUCUCAAGUCACUCAAUGAAGGAGGUUUCAAAACAACUCACACUCUCACCACUUUCAUCUUCAACACCAUCCACCUCGACCCAUCUAGUCCUAUCUCCAUAGCCACAAUCUCCGAUGGCUACGACCAGGGAGGCUUCUCAUCAGCCGGUUCUGUCCCUGAGUACCUCCAAAACUUCAAAACCUUUGGCUCCAAAACCGUCGCUGAUAUCAUCCGCAAACACCAGAGUACUGAUAACCCUAUCACUUGUAUCGUGUACGAUUCUUUCAUGCCUUGGGCACUUGACCUUGCAAGGGAGUUUGGUUUAGCUGCGGCUCCUUUCUUCACGCAGUCUUGCGCCGUUAACUAUAUCAAUUAUCUUUCUUACAUAAACAAUGGUAGCUUGACACUUCCCAUCAAGGAUUUGCCUCUUCUUGAGCUCCAAGAUUUGCCUACUUUCGUCACUCCUACUGGCUCCCACCUUGCUUACUUUGAGAUGGUGCUUCAACAGUUCACAAACUUCGACAAAGCUGAUUUCAUACUCGUUAAUUCCUUCCAUGACCUCGACCUUCAGGAAGAGGAGUUGUUGUCGAAGGUUUGUCCUGUGUUGACAAUUGGUCCAACUGUUCCAUCAAUGUACUUAGACCAACAGAUCAAAUUUGACAACGACUAUGAUCUAAACCUCUUCGACUUGAAAGAAGCUGCCUUAUGCACUGACUGGCUAGACAAGAGGCCACAAGGGUCGGUGGUCUAUAUAGCUUUUGGGAGCAUGGCUAAACUGAGUAGUGAGCAGAUGGAAGAGAUUGCUUCGGCGAUAAGCAACUUCAGCUACCUGUGGGUGGUCAGAGCUUCAGAGGAGUCAAAGCUCCCACCAGGGUUUCUUGACACAGUGGAUAAAGACAAGAGCUUGGUCUUGAAGUGGAGUCCUCAGCUUCAAGUUCUGUCAAACAAAGCCAUCGGUUGUUUCAUGACUCACUGUGGCUGGAACUCAACCAUGGAGGGUUUGAGUUUAGGGGUUCCCAUGGUGGCUAUGCCUCAAUGGACUGAUCAACCAAUGAAUGCAAAGUAUAUACAAGAUGUGUGGAAGGUUGGGGUUCGUGUGAAAGCAGAGAAAGAAAGUGGCAUUGCCAAAAGAGAGGAGAUUGAGUUGAGCAUCAAGGAAGUGAUGGAAGGAGAGAAGAGCAAAGAGAUGAAGGAGAACGCGGGAAAAUGGAGAGACUUGGCUGUGAAGUCACUCAGUGCAGGAGGCUCUACAGAUAUCAACAUUAACGCAUUUGUAUCAAAAAUUCAAAUCAAAUAAGUUAUGCACAUGAUAAUGUAGCAAAGAGAUUUGAUAUGCUUAAAAUGUCCUGAUGGAUAUUUCAAUAAAACCUUUUAAGUUGAUUCUUCAUCUGUUGUUUGUUCAUCCACAUAUAUGGAGUUCUUGAUAUAUGUUGAGGCUGUGAAGUAGGCAGGCAAGGGGAUCCAUAAUGUAUAACAAAGAAAAGAACUCCGGCUCGUUGUAUGUUCAUCCUCUAGUUGCAACGAGCCGGAGUUCUUUUCUUUGUUAUACAGUAACGCGCUUAUAAACUAUACAAACUUAC